AUGAAACAAAUCUCAUCAUUUUUAUCUGAAAUAUCAGAUCAAUUUAGAACAGCUGUUGUUGAUGCAAUUAAAUCAUUAUGUCAAAAAUUUCCACGUAAACAUACUGUAUUAAUGACAUUUCUUUCAAAUAUGUUACGUGAAGAAGAUGGUUAUGAAUAUAAAAAGGCAAUUGUUAAUACAAUUAUUUCAAUUGUUGAAGAAAAUCCUGAAGCAAAAGAAGCAGAUUGUGAACAUACAUCAUUAGCUACUCGUAUUAUUCAUUUAUUGGGUCGUGAAGGACCACGUACAACAACACCAGCAAAAUAUAUUCGUUAUAUUUAUAAUCGUGUUAUUCUUGAAAAUGCACCUGUUCGAGCUGCUGCUGUAAGUGUAUUAGCUAAAUUUGGUGCAGCUUCAGAAGAUUUAUUACCAAAUAUUUUGGUACUUUUACAACAAACAACACUCGAUCAAGAUGAUGAUGUUCGUGAUCGUGCUACUUUGUAUUAUCAAUUAUUAAAACAUAAUGAUAAAGCACUUAAUUCAGCUUAUAUUCUCAAUUGA